GCCGCCAUGUUGAGGCGGUCGCUGCCCGGCGCUGGGUGAGGCCUGUGCGGGCCCGGGCGGCGGCGGAGCCCGUGGCGGAGCAGGCUGGUCGUUUUCAUCAUGGGGGACAUGAAAACUCCAGACUUCGACGACCUGCUGGCUGCGUUCGACAUUCCCGACCCAACCAGCCUCGAUGCCAAGGAAGCCAUUCAGGCAGCUGGUGAGGAGAAUGACAGCCAUCUCAAGCAGACAGGGAUUGGCAUAGACGAAAAUACCUCUUUGUCCCAUGCGGCGCCAGCUUCGGAUGUCCCAGUCGUGAGUGUCAUUGUAAAGAACACCUGUCGCCAGGAGUCGUUCGAGGCCGAAAAGGACAGCAGCCACCUUGGACCGGGCCUGUUGCACAAUGGAUUCCGUGGCUCAGACCUGCCCCUGGAGACUCACAGCUAUGGGAAGUUUGAUUCGUCUUUCAUCAAUGGGGAUGGCUUGAGGAACUAUCCAGAGAAACUGGAACAGGCUAAGUCAGAGCCUUUGCCCACGUUCAGUCAGUUCAGUCCAAUCUCCAGCCCGGAGCCAGAGGAUGUGCUCAAAGAAAACAGUAUUGUAGACAAACCUAAACAUGCCCAAACUCCUUAUUUCCCACCUCACCCCAUGUAUAUUCCAUCAGGGUCAUCCGUGUUAGAUUUGCUCAGCAGGACCCUGCCCGAGCCAGAGUUUAGUAGGUUUAUGUCAACUGGCCCAUCUCUGCUAGAUCUCUUAAGUAAGAAACUGCCAGAACCAGAGCUGAGCAUGUUUGAUCAAUACUGUAAACGAGAUCCAAAGACGGAAAUGCACGGGCUUCAAGAGAGUAGGGCAGAUGUCACCAGCAAGAGGGAACGGGACAAGAGCCCAGAGAAGUGUGACGGGCCUGGCAAAGAUCUUACGGACACGCACAGUACCUUUAGCGAAGGGCUGCCCCUUGACAGCUUCCAUGGCAAUAAUGUGGGGGAAAGCAAAGGCUCUGUGCCCGAGACAAACUUCUCUUCGUCAGUCCCGCCCCGCCAGCGUCUCAAGCCCACUCACUCCAAACUGUCCUCUUGUGUCGCUGCCCUUGUGGCCCUCCAGGCCAAGAAGGUUGCGGGCAUCUCAAAGGAGGAUCAGCCGAACGUGGCGAGGGACCCUCCUGGCUCCUUCAAGGAUGGCAUUAAGGGAAGCCCCAAAAUGCCGAAGUCACCAAAGAGCCCCAGAAGCCCCCUUGAGAUGGUGAGAAAGGCCAGCAAGCAGCCCGAAUCUCCCCGGAGCGUGUGCAGCGACAGCAGCAGCAAAGGCUCUCCUUCGGUGGCGACUGGCUCCCCCCCAGCCAUCCCCAAAGUCCGGAUCAAGACCAUUAAAACCUCUUCUGGUGAAAUUAAAAGAAUGGUCACAAGGAUCUUGCCCGAGGCAGACGACUUGGGCAAAUCUCCUCAAGAGUCUCCCGCAGAUGGCUCGGCGGCCGAAGAGUUCGUCAAACCCUUCCCUUCUCCAGAAGCAGCCUCUUCCCUGGAAGCUGAGCCAGGCAAGGAGUUUGCAAAAGCCACCGCCCCGGAAGCAAACUUGGCAAGCCCCCAAGUCAACCCUUUGAGUGCAGACGUCCCCAUCAGCAGCCUCCCCAGCGCGUCACUCUUGGCCAGCAGCGGCGGCGGGACAACGAAAGCAGGCAUUGCGGGACAGCAGUCGGGCAAAAAGCAGCAGCCGGGCAUUGUGGCCCAGCUCUGCAACCCAGCCAGCCUCCUCCCGAAAGCUGUGCACCUGGCCAACCUCAACCUGGUCCCACACAGCGUGGCAGCUUCGGUAGCUGCCAGGUCGUCCGUGCAGCGGCGCGGCCAGGCCCAGGUGACCGUGCCACUCAUGCAGCAGGUGAAGAAGGCCGCCCCACUUGUUGUCGAGGCAUUUAACAAAGUGUUGCAUGGCGCCAAUCCAGUGCCAAUAUAUACGCCCAACCUCAGCCCUCCCCUUGACAGCAGUAUUCACGUUCCUGCCUCCGGGUACUGUUGCCUGGAAUGCGGUGAUUCAUUUGCCUUAGAAAAAAGCCUCACCCAACAUUAUAGCCGGAGAAGUGUUCACCUUGAAGUCAUGUGCACUCAGUGCUCAGCCAUGCUGCUUUUCUUUAACAAAUGUAGCUUGCUCAAACACGCGCGGGAUCACAAGAGCAAAGGCUUCAUCAUGCAGUGUUCACAACUCUUCAUGAAACCCAUUUCUGUAGACCAAAUGUUCUCACCGGCUCCCACGAGCUCUUCAACGUCUUCAAGUCCACCGACCGCACGGUUGGCCUCUCUGCCGCAUAAGUCCUGCGCUGCAUCAGGAAGUGGGACCGGGAGCAUGGCAAAUGCCCAGCCGGCACUGCCUCUGUAUACAGACCCCUUGAGACUUAUUCGUUAUGGAUUAAAGUGUUUUGAAUGUAAUAAACAGGCAUUGGACUAUAUUGCCCUAGCAGCACAUUAUCAGAGGACCUCAGAAGAUAAUGAGGGCCUGACAUGUCAAGUGUGUCAGAUGCUGCUGCCGAACAAAUGCAGUUACUGCGCUCAUCAGAGAAUCCACGCCCAUAAAUCUCCCUAUUGCUGCCCCGAGUGCGGGGCCAUUUGCCGGUCGGCCUAUUUCCAAACCCACGUCAAAGAGAACUGCCUGCAUUACUCCCGCAAAGUUGGUUACAGGUGCAGCCACUGUGGAGUGGUUUUCAUGUCACAGGCUAUGCUGAAAGUCCACAUUCACGAGAAACACUGUGAAGUCUUCCACAAGUGUUCAUUCUGCCCCAUGGCCUUCAAGUCUGCAGACAGCACCACUGCUCACAUUACCAGCCAGCAUCCCGCGGAGCCCCACAAGACAUCUCAGGUGAUCUACAAAUGUUCUUGUGAGACAGUCUUUAACAAGAAGAGGCUUCUGCAGGAGCACUUCCAGCAAAAUGCCAACAGGCUGAUGGUGGGCGUGUUCAAGUGCCCCCACUGUCAGCUGGUGUAUAUGCAGAAGCUGCAGUUAAUGCAACACGUCAAGAGCAUCCAUGGGGUCCCUGAAAAUCCCGAGGAUUUCACCAGUACUCGGCAGAAGGUCGAGACGACAGCGAGCGGUCCCGUCCUCCCAACGUCCAAGGAGCUGUCCAUCGUCAACGGUACUUCUCAGCCAACCUCUUUGCCCACAAAAGGCACAAGUCCAGAAUCCAAGCCAAAGUCCAAAACUUGCAGUUGGACUUGCCGGGAGUGUUUGCAGUGGAUCCCUGAUCGUGAGACUUACGUGUCCCAUAUGAGGAAAAGCCAUGGAAAGAACAUGAAGAGAUUUCCCUGCCGGCAGUGUGAGCGGUCGUUCAGUGCCUCCAACAGUCUGCACAGACACGUUCGCAAUAAUCACGACACAGCAAAGAAAGUGUACCCUUGCUGGUACUGCACAGAUGAAAUUCAGACAUUUCCUCAGCCGUCACUGCUGGAGAGUCACAUGAGCCUCAUGCACGGCAUCAAAAAUCCAGAUCUUUCCCAGAUAUCCAAAGACUUGACAAAAACAAAAUCUCCAAAGAGAGUAACAGCAGACGGUUUGAGUCAGAUGGAAGCUACUGCAUCAGGAUCAGGUGAUCCACCAGCAAAGAAACUGAAGGCAGCCCGCUGGAAAUGUGCAAAGUGUGGCUUUGCUACAGCCACAGAGACUGAAUUUCUGGAACACAUACCUCGACACAAGUCAGACAGUUCCACUUACCAGUGCCUGCUCUGCGGUUUGUGUUAUACGUCCCACCUCUCUCUGAACAGGCACCUCUUUAUUGUUCAUAAAGUAAAAGAUCCAGAAGAAGAAGAGGAGGAGGAAGAGGAGGAGGAGGAGGAAGAGGAGCCAGAACAAGAGGGUGGAAAUGAGGUUCCAGAAAUGGAGACAAGAGAGAACGGACUGGGGGAGGCCAAUGGGGAGACAAGCCACGGCAGUGCGGAAGGGGACUUUUCCAAGAGCAGAGACUCGGUGCGCAACCCUGUGCCCUGCAGCAAAGAGAAACCCAAUUCCCAGAACAAACCCACAAAGUCUCCCCCUACUUAAGAGUGCGCUCGGCUUCCCCAGAAACAUUGGUUGGAGCAGGGGGGCACUCUUCAGCGUGCUGUUGAUCUGAUGAAAUGGGCACCGCAUUCCAUUCACUUUGAUUAGUAAGGGAAAUUGGAAAAAAGCACCAACUGCCACCAUCUCCCUAGCACUGAAUGUGUAAUGGAAGGGGAGGGAAGAGAGAGAGAUAGAUUAUGGGAUGCCCACGGCUGCCUGAACUGCAUCAGGCCCUUCAGGGUAAGGAGCACUUUUUCACAUUUCCUCCCCCCACCCCAGCAAAAAACGAAGCAUUCACCUGCUACGCAAGACUUUUGCCUGUUAGCUCAGCCUCUUUUUUCCCCCUUUUUUAGUUAAGAAUGCAGCCCUUUCUCCCCCACCCUCAUAGCCCCAGAAUGCCAGGAAUCUCCUCUGCACCACACCACCCCUCACUGACGGUUCUUCCCUUUCAAGGCAAAAAUCCUCCAAGCCUCAAAAAUUACCUUUCAGGCACUCUGUGAAUAUGAUUUUGAAGCCUGCCUUUUCUAGAGGACAUACACUUUCAGCACUAGUCACUGGCAGGUGUUUUGUUUGAUUUAAUUCUUGAGAAAUAAAACAUUACAGUUUCCCCAGCAGUACCCACGUUUAGCUGUACUGUGGCAAUGCAGGCCUUUCAAAGCUGGGGGGUGGGGGGGCACUGUGCUUAAUCUUUGUUCCAAGUGAAAUCAGUUGCAUAUCUUCUUGAGUAUUUGCCCCCUCCCUCACACACAGACACACACAGUGGCUUGGAGUGAUGAUUAUGCAUGGCAAUGGAUUCUAGGACACCCUUCUCUGUUGCACCUACGACCUUUUCAUAAAAGUUGGGGGCACAAACGUUUAAAUACCUGCCCAAGUACUUAUUGAUGUCUGUAGUAAGAGUAAGAAAAAAAGAAAAAUGGGAGGGUUGCACUUCAGCUGUAGACAGCAUCCAUGGGUGACCAGGUCAUUCCUCUUCCAAGGUUAGCACCCCCUUCCUCAUGUUGGGGAGCAGCUUUGAUCACUGCCCUGGCUGUAAAUGAUCAGCAUUGCUUUGCAGCUUGGUUGAAGGGUAUCAAGAAGCGGGGGGGAGGGGCAGAUUGGCUUGGUUGGUUAUCCUUGUAUUGUCCCAGAAGACUUUCAGUUGUGAAACAAAGAUUGCAGUACAGAAGAAGCCAGAGGUCUCUCUUGAUAAUGCCCUCUGCAUUCAGUUACUUUGCUGUUUCAGAAAAUGAAAAUAAUUGGGGCUAACGAAGCACAUCCUUUCUCUCCCCACCCCUUUCCAAUGUUUGCCUCAGUUGGCUGCCACCAUCUCUCAAGAUGGCUUUCCACCCUCUAACAUCAACUCAUUCCCCCAUCUGGGGCCUCUCCACCCCACCCCGUGUGCUUUUUCUCAUGCUUCGUGUAAUAUUUACUUUUUUUUUUAAUACGGUUUUUAAGUUUCAAGUCGGAACCCUGCUCAUUGUUUACUAUAAAUAAUUUAAAAAGAAAAAAAUCCCCUAUUUAUCUUAUUGCAUUUGAAUUGCUCACUUUCUCGUCUGGAUGUGUUUUGAUAAAACCCUUUGUAUUUUUUGAUACCGUGUACAUUUUAGUCUAGGGAAUGUUUUACAAGGUAGCCUAGCUAUAGUAACAAUAGCAGGGGGCGGGGAGGAUAUUCCUCCCAAGCCAUCACAUAUCUAUUUAAUCUGCAGUGGCAUCUGUGCCUUGCUAUACUGUUUACUUCAAAGUAUUUCAAAUAAAACCAUCUAACAAUGA